GUGUAGUAGGUCAUGGUUUUCUGUGGUCAUUGGUCGCAUUGGUCUUCAGUGCCUGUGUUUGUCCGAGUGACUGAAGCUCGGGGGAUUUAUUAUUAUGCCACGCUUUCUGUGGUGAUGGUGCCCAGCGAUGGCCUUGUGGUGAUACCUAGCGAAGCUCAGUUUGUGCUAGUCGUUACAGCACCGGCAAGAAGGUGUACUUUGGCCCCCGCGCUCUCGUCUGACUGCGACGGUGGUGGUGUCGGCUCGCCGAUGCCUGCUAAGCCUAACUGCUGCCCGCAACUACCGCAGUGGUGCUCUUGAUCGGCUUCGUGUACGAUAAAGCUUAUCCGAUGACUCACCCUCUCGACCGGCGUGCGAUCACUAGUGCUAUGCAGCACCUCUGAGAAUCGACUGAUGUUCGGGUGCGCCGAUUUCGGAGUGUCUGUGUGAGACCAUCCCAGCUGCUGUGUUGUUGUGACGACGAGGACGAGAUCGAUUCCGUGUGGCCAGACGCGGUCUAGCGGAAACGCCGGCGUCUAUAUACGUGCGCGUGUGGUGUGCUCUGCGUGUUUCCUCGUUUGCCGUCUCACUAGAAUCUACCUACCUUGACUGCGCCCUGUGGCGUGGUUUCCCAAGGGAGACAUGGCCGGGAGCUUCGAUCCGUACGAUAAGAACAGCUGGUUCUUUGGACCCAUGUCUCGGCAGGAGGCGUCAGACCUGCUGAUGGCUGAGAACGAAGUGGGCGUCUUCUUGGUCCGUAACAGUACCACCAUAUCAGGCGACCUGGUGCUCUGUGUUCGGGAAGAGAACAAGGUGAGCCACUACAUCGUAAACCGGGUGACCCAGAUGGAGCAGACCCGGUUCCGCAUUGGUGACCAGAUGUUCCCCGACAUACCGUCCCUGCUCAACUUCUACAAGCUGCACUACCUGGAUACCACACCACUCGUCAGGCCGGCUGCAAAGAAAGUGGAGAAGGUGAAAGCCAAGUACGACUUUGAUGGGAGCGGUGAUGCUGAUGACCUACCUUUCAGAAAGGGAGAAGUGCUGACAGUCAUCUCAAAAGACGAGGACCAGUGGUGGACUGCACGGAACACUCUGGGGCACACAGGGUCGAUUCCGGUGCCAUACGUCGAAAGGAUCGAUGAUGCCCAGCUGCCCAACGAUGGGCAUGGGUGGAACGGACCAGCAUCACCCCAAUUGGGAUCUCCACCUGUGGCACCACCAGCCACCCGGAAUGCACCUUCAGGUGACCCCAUCAAGUACAACACCCCGUCCAAUGUGCAGAGGAAGCUGCCUGCCAGGGCCAGGGUGAAACAAGCUCGUGUCCCGAACGCCUACGACAAGACAGCCCUCAAGCUGGAGGUUGGCGACAUCAUCACGGUGACUAAGACCAACAUCAACGGCCAGUGGGAAGGCGAACUUAAAGGUCGUGUCGGACACUUUCCAUUCACACACGUCGAGUUCAUUGACUCGGAGAACCCAGACGAUGACGAAUUGUAGCUCUUUUGUUGCAACCCUUGCCAACUUUGCUCCGCACUCCCGAUGCACCACUUUCUUCACUGUGUUGCUGCAUGAGUGGCGAGAGAGAGCAGUUUUUGCUUGGCACCGUGAAACCAGUGUGUGGAUGACGGAGUUUCCCCUUUUUGUUCGGGAGUGUAUGACUUGUCAGUGUGCCCAGCUUGGAUGGAAGAACCUGGGCAAGUUUUCUAGGCCCUUGUGUGCUAGUUGGUGCCAUCAUUUUACUUUUCUACCAGCCUUGGAAGCACAAGCAAUGGCUCUAGCAUGUUGCACGCAGCAAAGCUUUUCAUCCACCAGCUUCUUUGUGAUACAGAGGAGGGCCUUUGCAGACAGGGUCUCAAGAUUGUAAGCUAUAAAGAGAAUUCACUAAUUUCAAACCUAAGCUGACGAGGAUUAUUCAUUUUCUUGCAUUGAAAAAAGCCAGAAUUAUUGAAACGUAACACCUAGCCUUUCACGGUUACCGAUGCAGUCUAGUGGCCAAUAUUGUUUUCAUUCAAUGUUUUCUUUUGAUGUGACAUGAGCAACCACCAUUUUGCCAUGUUAGAAAACUUUGUAAUUCGCAUCAGGGAGGCAGAAGCGACCGAGGCUGCUCAUGAGGCAUUGAGCAAAGGGUUGUGUGCCUCGGCACUCGCAGCAGUUUGUAGCAUGCUGUGUUAGUCUUAAACUGGGGCUGGUUGGUUCAUAUAGAUUUUGAAUGGAAAAACUGCUCUGGAACAGGACAGAGACGAGAUGACACAAACACGGUGCUAACAACCAUAGUUUAUUGCAUUUGCGCAUCAGUAUAUUGAGGAACAAGAUAUCCCUGUAACAAUAUCAACUCACACAUUUGAAAUAUACAUAAUUUUAUGAAGUGAUAGUAAAGCCACAGUGACACAACAUUUUGCACUUUUCUGCAUGCAAAAAGCACUCUAUUGUGCCUUAAAGAAAAUUUCACUUCUUUGUGAAACUUUUCGGGCUUUUUUUCUUCCACAAAGGAUUGUGGCAAAGGCCUUUAUCAAGCUUUUUGUUCUUGUCCUCAUGUUCAUUAUCUUGCUGUAAUAAAAUCGAAUUAUUGAAAACCAGAGGAUGUUGAGUAAGCUUCACUGUUGCUUUAUAAAAAUGAAAUUAUGUAUGUUUUGAAUGUGUGAGAUCGCAUCUUUGUUCCUCGAUAUGUGUGCUGAUCUAGUUUUUGCCUGUAUGUAAUGACGAGCGAACACAGUAAAAUGUGGCUCUUAGUCGGCACAUCUCUUCUUCGUCCAGCACUGUUUCUUCAUUCAAGAUCUCUAUUGUGCUGUCAAGGAUGACUCUUUGGUAUUGUGAAAUUAUUAUUUCAUCCUGGAACUGUGUGGUUGCCAUCCAUGAUCGUAGCUACACUGGAUUAACGUGCAGUGGCAAGCAGUGGAGUUACGUCACGAAUUCUGGACGAAGCAAAAUUCUUGUGCAUAGGAGCCCACGGAUCGCUGCUACUGGCAAAAAAUACGCUCAGCAUUAACAAAGUGCUUGAUUGGGCUGGUUGGUGCUGCAUGGUAGACGAAGAAAGUGCUUAACAGCACAAACGACAGGAGGGGAUAGAAGAGACGAGAACAGAGCGCUCUGUUAUUGUCUCUUCUAUCUCUUCCUGUCGUUAGCACUGUUAAGCACUUUCUAUGGUCAGCAUGGUUUAUAAAGAUGUGGACUAUUGGGCCCUCGCUGCUGUAAGUGCGAAUAUUGUGUGAAAUAUUAGCAUGAGUUCAAUAAAAAUAAAUAAAAGCAAGUUGCUACAGUACAGAUUUGUUGGUGUUAUUGGUACAUUCAAUUAUUUCGCAUUUCUUUGUCACAUGUACGAAAUCUAUAUUAUUGUUGCCCACAAUCUUGCAACUGCACAGAAUAAGAUGAGCUUUUUGUGGAAGAAAGAAAAGGAUUUUUGGGGAUGCCACUUAUUCGCAUUGAUCGAUGUGUUGAUAUUUUGAUGAUUUGUAUUGAUGCUGCCCUUGAUGGGGCAGGUGCUGCUCUACUAGGCAACCACUUUUUUCUGUGUAAGCUAUCAAACCAAAACACAUGGCCAUCACCAUGCCAAAACUUAAGUUUACUCAUAACUUUUUCACUUUGCCUCGCUGAAACAAAUGCUGCUUGAUCUAUUAUGAGACUCGAACAGUUACGAAAAGUCAUUUGUAAAACACAGUAAUUUUUCACUUUGCAAGAAUACCUUCCUUUUCUUUGCACCACCUCUUUUCAAAAGUAAGACUUAGUGUACGUGGCCGCAAUUGCGCUGUUUAGUUCUCCAAGAAAAAUAUACUCUUAACAUGCUCUUCAAUUAAAAUGUUUCUCCCAUUCACA